CCACUCUAAUCGCCACCGUGAACGUUGCUGACGAUGUCUAACAUGACUUCUGCGAUCUCGCCCACCGAGCCUCUGACGACCCAUCUGCUCUCGCUCCAAGCUCCGCGUCCAUAUUCUGCUGCAACUGAACAUCUUUUCCUCACCGCUGCCGGCGACGGCAAUCUUCCGGAUGAACUAACAUCUCUUUAUCUGUCGCAGGACCGCCCGUAUGCUGCACACGCAUAUCCUGCGUUCAUCGGUUGGCUGCUCGCUGCGCAACGUAACCAGCGCAUCGUGCGAGUCCUGAGCGACGCCUUGCAAAAUGUAGGACGGGAGGUUGGGUUCUUUGAUGAGACUGCCAAAGCUUUUGGACCGCAGCAGUCCGACAGUUGGAGGGAGCUGAAGGCGACAAGGGACUUCACGGCGGAGAUGGCGCAUAUAGGUACGCAUGGCCGCAUAGAAGAUGGUCUUGUAUUUUUAUGGGCUAUGGAGAGGGUACGUAUCCUCGACGCAUGGAAGUAUGUCGGGUGCCUGAAGUCCACUCACCCCCAUGAAAGGGGCACUACACCAGCGGUGGCUGCUCUUGUCUCAAACUGGACGAACCCUAUUUCCCUGGAUAUUUCUUCCGGCUCCACAGUUUGGCAGCGUGCUGAGUCCAUAUGGGCGCGCGUGAUCGAGAUCGAGGAGGCAUUCUGGCCCGUACAGUCUCUUGGAAGCGCCGUUACUUGUCGGUCACAGAUGACGAGAAUUUGA